GAACUGUGUGUGGCACAAGCCCCCUCGUCAGGCUUUAGUGAUGCAUCGUGGCAGGGUAAUUAAAGGCAGUGUUUGUCUGGUUGAAGAGGUAAGGAAUCCUGAAUCCAGGCUUGCUCCUUCCUUCAGUUCUCACAAAUCCUUGCAGGCAGUCCUCCACUCUCCUGCUUGUCUGUAGAUCAAGGGAGACAGGGGUUGGGAGUCCCUUCGUGUGGGUUUGGAGCCUCUCUGGGUGCUCUUCCCAGGUCUCUGCUGCUCUUGGCUGCAGAUGUGGAAGCUCCUUCUGAUUGCCCACAGUUGCUGUGACUGCAAGCAGGUCUUCAGAGUUUUCUUUAACCACUCUGAUCUUGGUUCCUGUGUGCUCUGCAGCUACAAACUGGCUGAAAACAUUGAUGCUCAGCUGAAGCGCAUGGCACAAGAUCUGAAGGACAUCACUGAGCACCUGAACACCUCAAGGGGCCCAGCAGACACGAGUGACCCGCUUCAGCAGAUCUGUAAAAUUCUGAAUGCACACAUGGAUUCCCUGCAGUGGAUUGACCAGAAUUCAGCUGUGCUGCAGAGGAAGGUGGAAGAGGUGACCAAGGUUUGUGAGAGUCGCCGCAAGGAGCAGGAGCGCAGCUUUCGGAUCACCUUUGACUGAAACGCUCCCAAGUUCAAAGGAUGGACAUAAAACCUCCACAAAAUGUAGAGGUGUUUGAGGUCUGAAAUGAUGACCUGGCUUUUGUUUCUUUUCUUGUAAUAAAAUGUGUUGUUUGUUCCCAAA